CGCAACCGAGGCCGUGGCUGCGCCUUUAAGGCUCCGGGGGAGGCUCCUGCGCGCCGCGGCCGCUCCCUCCCUCCCUCCUGCCUCCCUCCCUCCCUCCCUCGGUGCCCGUGUCGGCGGGCGGUGCGGGCCGGGCCGGCCAUGGCUCGGCUGCCCCCGCUGCUGCUGCUGCCGGUGCUGUCGGCGGGCGGGGCGGCGGAGCGCGGCGGCAGCAGCAGCGCCAUGGAGGAGCUCGCCACCGAGCAGGAGGCGGAGGAGAGCCACCGGCAGGACAGCGUCAGCCUCCUCACCUUCAUCCUGCUCCUCACCCUCACCAUCCUCACCAUAUGGCUGUUCAAGCACCGCCGGGUGCGCUUCCUACACGAAACCGGCCUGGCUAUGAUUUACGGACUCAUAGUUGGGGUGAUCUUAAGAUAUGGGACUCCCUCUACCAGUGGCCGUGACAAGCCAUUCAGCUGCUCGCUGGAGGACAGGCCAUUUACAACCUUGUUGGUCAACGUCAGCGGGAAGUUCUUUGAGUAUACGCUCAAAGGGGAAAUAAGCCCUGGGAAGAUCCACAAUGUGGAGCAAAAUGACAUGUUACGAAAGGUAACAUUUGACCCAGAAGUAUUUUUCAACAUUCUGUUACCUCCUAUAAUUUUUCAUGCUGGUUACAGCUUGAAGAAAAGACACUUUUUCAGGAAUUUGGGGUCCAUUUUGGCUUAUGCCUUUUUAGGAACAGCAGUCUCUUGUUUUAUUAUCGGGAAUCUCAUGUAUGGGGUUGUGAAACUAAUGAAGUUGGUGGGUCAGCUCUCUGAUAAAUUCUAUUACACAGACUGCCUCUUCUUUGGAGCGAUAAUAUCUGCCACUGAUCCAGUUACCGUGCUUGCAAUAUUUAAUGAGCUGCAUGCUGAUGUUGAUCUGUAUGCCCUUCUGUUUGGGGAGAGCGUGUUAAAUGACGCUGUUGCCAUCGUAUUAUCUUCAUCUAUAGUUGCCUACCAGCCAACAGGUGAAAAUACCCAUGCUUUUGAUGCAGCAGCAUUUUUCAAAUCUGUUGGUGUUUUCCUGGGAAUAUUCAGUGGUUCUUUCAUGAUGGGAGCAGUGACGGGGGUUGUAACAGCUCUGGUGACAAAGUUUACCAAGUUGCACUGCUUCCCCCUGCUGGAAACAGCUCUCUUCUUCUUGAUGUCCUGGAGCACUUUCUUGCUUGCAGAAGCUUGUGGAUUUACUGGUGUGGUGGCUGUCCUCUUCUGUGGAAUUACCCAGGCGCAUUAUACGUACAACAACUUGUCAGUUGAAUCAAGGAGUCGCACUAAGCAGCUCUUUGAGGUAUUACACUUCCUGGCAGAGAACUUCAUAUUUUCUUAUAUGGGUUUGGCACUGUUUACGUUCCAGAAACACAUAUUCAGCCCAGUUUUCAUCAUUGGAGCUUUUAUUGCAAUAUUUUUUGGCAGAGCCGCACACAUCUACCCUCUCUCAUUCUUGUUGAAUCUGGGCAGAAGGCACAAGAUCAGCUGGAACUUUCAGCACAUGAUGAUGUUUUCAGGUCUCAGGGGAGCCAUGGCAUUUGCUCUGGCUAUACGAGAUACUGCUACCUACUCACAUCAAAUGAUGUUCUCGACAACUCUUCUCAUCGUCUUUUUCACUGUGUGGAUUGUUGGUGGAGGUACAACUCCUAUGCUGUCAUGGCUGAACAUCAGAGUUGGUGACCGUGUUCCAUCGGUGGAAGAGAUGAGUGAAAGCUGCUGGCUGUAUUCCAGGGUUGGGGUUGACCCAGAUCAGGAUCCUCCACCUACUAAUGACAGCUUUCAAGUCUUACAAGGAGACGGCCCAGACUCUGAAAGAAGGAACAGGACAAAACAGGAAAGUGCUUGGCUCUUCAGGCUCUGGUAUAGCUUUGACCAUAAUUAUUUGAAGCCAAUUCUCACUCACAGUGGCCCUCCGUUAACCACAACUCUACCCAGCUGGUGUGGCCUGAUAGCUCGCUGUCUGACAAGUCCUCAAGUUUAUGAUAAUCAAGAACAGCUUAGAGAAGAGGAUUCCGAUUUUAUUUUGAAUGAUGGUGACCUUACUGUGACAUAUGGUGAUACAACAAUAACUGCAAAUGGUUCUUCUGGCCCCCAUACAGCUACCACUAGCCUUGAUGGCAGGAGAACAAAAAGUAGUUCAGAGGAAGCACUGGAACGUGAUUUGGGAGUAGCAGAUCAUGAAAUUACAAGCAGGGGUACCCGACUAGUAUUUCCUCUGGAAGACAAUGCAUGAUUACUGACUCAGUAAAAAUAACUCUUGCUCUGUGGAUGGAUGAAGGAAGACUGCAGGCCCCUGUGUCACUUGAGGUGGGAAUGUUUAUUUAAACAAGUUAACUUGUGUAAGUGGUUUUACUAAGGUCUGAAGAUGUCACCUCGCUUUUACUCAAGAUGCUGACAGUGGGGUUUUCUAAGUGUCUGAAAACUGACAAAUGAGAAAGCUGGUCAUUCUCCUCUUUUCAACUGCAUAAUGAAUCCAAGUAUAACUACUGUGCUGCAAUUGUCUUGUUCAGCUGCAGCAGCUCUCUCUGGAGAGAGGUACAUGAAAACAUUGUCAUAGAACUGAGCUUGUCUUGGCUUAGCUUGAGAAUGUGGAAGAAGAACUAUAAACACGAUAAUUAUGAUGAGAUAAAAAAGGAUGUGUGUGUAUCUGAGUGCGAAAAGAUCCAUUGUUAACUUCUCUUGUGAGGUUGAGGAAACUAUGAAGUAAAACGGGGCGGUCUGCGUUAGGAUGCCAGGUGCAUGAAUGCAAGACACUGUGGGGAAUCUGUUACUGCAAGCUGUACUUAAUGUAUAUCAGGGAAAAAAGUGAAAGAUUUCUUCACUGGCCAUGUGUUUAAAUAGGAAGGCAAUGAGAGCUAUUUGUCCCUUUAGCUUUGGGCAACUUGACUAUUACUAUUAGCCUAACUUCUAGUGCCUCAAAAGAAAACCAUCCAGCUCUCUGUGGUCUAAGACAUACCUGAACCAACACAAGCCCAGAGCUGGGCUUUCUUGGGUAGAAGUCAUGAGGUAAAACUUUCUCUCCCUUACGGUUCUUAAAAUCAGAUGAAGAUGUUGGACAGAUAUCUGGGGCUGGAGGAAACCAGCAGUUAAGAGGAGGAGAGGGAAGUAAGAGAGAGAGAGGCACAGUAUUGGUCUUGCAUGGAACCAUGAGGUUUCAUAUUGCUCAGAAGAAUCCAUGGACUCUGCUUCCAGUUCUCGUGUGUGAUAAACAGCAAACAUCUAAUUAAACUGAUAAACAAAUACUACUGGCUUUACCAUUUGUGACUAUCCUAAAAGAAAGGUGUUUACUCUUGUUCUUUUUCACAGAGCAGAUGUGAAACUUCAGUGGGGCAUUGCACAACAACAUACGCGCUACAGAAGUGAUGAACUGUAGCAUCAUCCUAAAUGUGAAAAGGGAAAAAAAUCUUUGCCUAGUAUUUAGCCCACUUACAUGUAGGCUAGCUUUAACUUAUUGCUAAAUGCUUUUUAAUUUCCAACUAAGGAGAUAUCAGUCUUUGCCAAUAGCUGAAAACUUCAGAGCAGUUCAGCUAUUUAAAGCAUGCUAAAAUGUGAUUUCACUCUCACAUCUCAAAAUGUUUAUUUUUUUAAAGAGUUCUGUGGCCCACUAACGUGAUGUAAUAUCAGUUUGUCUAAAAAGUGUGUUUUUCUUGCUGCCAUUUCAGUUGUUCCUCUUAUAAAACUGUGUGUGAGUAAAUAUCCACUCUGUUUUUCUUUAACUAUUAAACUUAAUGGGCUAACUUCGGUAUGAGAACUUAUUGCUGCAGAGAAACAUUUAAGUCAUAUCGCCUAGUCUGCUUUCUUUCACAUGUGUUCUCUAGUGAGCGAUCUACCUCCUUGUCUGUCCCUCCAAGGUGAAUUUGUAAAGGGCACUGAUCUGUAGUGACUGUCUAACAUUAUUAAGAAAAGAGACAUGAGGCAGCCAGAAGCUUUUUUUUUUUGUGGAGAAACUGGAAGGGCGUUACAGCUUGAGCUCUGUUCUUAAAAGGUGAAGAGUAACAAACCCUGAUGAAGAUCUCUGAGCAGAACAACUCCUUUUCAGUUCUUCUCUGCUUUCAAGGAAGACAAAGCAGACAGCGAUGGUCCAUGCUAUUUAUACUGUUUACAUGGUUUGUUUUUCUGCUGCCAGCACUUUAAAAAAAAAAAAUUAAAAAAAGAAAAAAAAAGGUAGUUUCUUCCUAAGUUAAAAAACCAAUUUCAUUGAUUUUGGACAAGUCUUUAGGAGCUAUGCUGUCCAUGCUGAGUUGAGGACUUGAAACUUCUACAGCAAUCAAUUUAUUAGCUGAGUCAUAUGAACCAAAUUUUGGGCAGAGAUGGUGAAACUUAGCCAAAAUAAAUGAAUUAAAUACAGUGAGGCAAACUGUUACAUGUAGCUUGAAGCUGAAGUUUACCAAUUCGCUUUGGCUGAAAACCAGAGCUGUAUGCAGGGAGAGAUUUGGUUUUGGGGAAAAUGAUCAUGUACAGGUCCUGGAAGUAGAAAUCCUGUUUCAUUGGCUUCCUCAGGAAGACUGAAUCUUUUGAAAGCAUUAAUAAACAGUCCUAGUGCAGAUGCUUCUCUGUCUGUGUUCAUAAUUCCUAUAGCAAAAAUAUAGAAUUGAAUGUAGUUUUCCAGUAAGUCCAAAAUGUGAUUGUGAAUGAGCGGACAAAGUAGGUGAAUCAUUGGUGAGAGGUGAGGAAUGUAAUAAUCUAACUGUAUAUUAAAAAAUUACUUAAAAUACUUAUCUACCAUAGUCUGGAAAGGCCCAUAUACACAAGCUUAACUUUUAUUCUUGCAUUACAGCAACAGAUUUUAUUAUUUGAUUUUUUAACUGCUUUUAAUCUUCUUCCAAAAUUGGAUUUCACUGUCAUCAAAAGGUAAGCUAAAACGUCUUGCCAUCUU